GAGUGUGUGGAGCGGCCAACAUGGCAGCCACUAAUGUUUGUGUUAAUGACAGAGUGAAGGAUUGAAAGUGACAGUGUAGUGUUGAUUAUCUCUAUUUCCUCAUUACUUUAUAUACUGUAGAUGUGUAUAAAAAAAUUAAUAAAAAAUAUACAGUAUUUGUAGGUGUGAUAAGGUUUAUAUUUGUCUAAACGGCCUGAGAAAUUAACAGUUAAUUCAAGUAGUGUAUUGUGAAGGAUAAUCUUUAUAUUAAUGAACAUUUUUCUAUGACAGUCAAGAGAUUAUUUGGAUUUUCAUUAAUGAGACUUCAGAAUGGAUGAGAGGCUGGAGUCGAUAGUGGAGGGCAAUGACUCUAACGACUCCAGUAACUUACGCACUGUUGUCAUCCAUCGGGGAGAGCGGGGCUAUGGAGUCACUGUCUCUGGGGAAAGUCCUGUCAUUGUCCAGGAUGUCAAAGAUGGUGGACCAGCAGCACAAGCAGGAGUUAAAAAGGGAGAUUCCAUCAUCAAAGUCAAUGGAACAAUAGUGUCACAAAUCAACCAUAAAGAAGUGGUGCAGAUCAUUAAGUCCACACAGUUUGUUAAGCUGACUUUGCAAAGUGGUCCUGAAGUUGAUGUUCCAAACUCAGUGUCGCCCCUGGAUUCAGUGCACCGCCCUCUUCCUCCUACACCAACGCCCUCCAAAUUAAAUGACCGCAUAACUGCGCCAUUACCUGCAAAUACACAGUUACAAAAUCAGAUGGAUGUAAACAAGGGCAAAAUGUUGACAAAGUACCUGGAAAAGCAGCGUCGUGUGAGGGAUACUAUUUUGGUGGAGCUUCAGAGAGGCCCCUCUAAGGUUUUGCAGAGAAACCUUGAGAAGGAGUUGGAUUCUAUAAAUCGUCAAAUAUCCAAAAUACAGGAAGAACUCAAGAACAUGAAAGACAUUGAAACUCAAUUACACACGCACCCACGCUCCUCCCCACGCUCUCCUCCUCUUUCUCGUCCAUCAUUUUCCCACCCUCACUCCCAUUCCCAGCAUCACACACACGCGCGUUCGGCUUCAGAUAUCCCCCCACCACUCCCAGUACGCAACCGCUCCCUAGUCAGUCAAAUAUCUGCCCCUAACAUCUCAAUAUCAACAACAUUGACAUCUGCACCUCCUCUACCCCCUCGACUUACCCAGCUGGAGAGAGUUGGGGAGGGAGGCCUUGCACAAAGUCUAGAGAACAUUCAUAAGGUGCAGAGUCUCACUCAUUCGACAAGUUCUGUUUCUGAACCUGGCAGUCGGCCGCCAUCUCACCAUCGCGCUAAGUCAAGUCCUGAUCCCAUGGGCCUUCAGAGUGGUACUGGUUUCAUGAGUGCGAGUGACUCUGUCAUUGAUGUAAGUACUAUAUCAGCGCCAACUGGAAGUCGUGGCAAGGUUUCCUCUGUAUGUAGUGAAGAUAUAUUUGCACAGGAACCUCCAGGAACUCCACCUCCACCUUAUGCUUCUAGUUCAACAAUCCAUCUUUACCCCUCGGAUGAGAUGGAGGAGAACUAUUCAACCAUACUGGAUGAUAUGCUUUCCAGUACAAAUGCAAUUGGACUCUGCCCAACACAACCCAUUCUUAGUAUGGAAGAUGAAGAGUUUUCUGACACUGAAGUUCUUGAAGACCACGGCCCAUUCCGGGCUUUGAGUAAACUAUGGAACCAUAACGCUUAUCUUGCUGUCUUUAUGAAUUAUGUCAUCUCAAAUUGUGACUCAUCCAGUUUGUUCUUUUACGUAAUAACGCACCUGUACAAGGAAGGAGUUGGGAAGGAAAUGAAGAGAUGGGCAUAUGAAAUUACUUCUAGUUUUUUAUUACCUGGAGCACCUCUUCGCCUCAGUAAUGUUGAAGAGUGUGUUCUGCAUGAAAUUGACGAAACCUUGCAAAAUGAAUUGGACAAAGAAGAAAUUCUUCGAAAGGUAUUUUGGAAAGCACGUCAACGCUGCCGGGAAGAUUUAAAUGAGCAAUUAGCAGACUUCCGCAGCAAACGAAGUGCUGGCCUUGGGUCUAUAUUUGGGCCUAAAGACCAUGUGUUGGAGGAGAGUAUGCACAACAAAACCAAAGAACUAAAUAUUGUGGAACAUCUCCUAGUGCCUUGUCUUGAGAGUGUGUCGGAUGACCUGAAGAAUGCCACAGACCAAAUGAUUGUAACAGCCUCUAGUCUAGCCACCAUCCUGUUGAAAUACUACGGGGUGCGAAGUCAACAAGCUCAUCAGCUCAUCGAUAGAUGUCCACUCUUUGUUAGUAAAGAACGACCACUCAGAAGUAAAAUUUUCAGGGGGAGUAAAAAGCAAGUGUACAGAGACCACCACUUCAAUCAACAUACAUAUUACAGUGUAACCUACUGUAAUCAUUGUGGCCUCAUUAUCUGGGGAAUAGCACCACAGGGUUACCAGUGUACCAAUUGUGAAAUGAAUAUCCUAAAUCAUGUGCCAAGCAGGUGGAAGAAGUUUGUAUAGGACAGCUACAUAAAAAAGACAGAGGUCGAGAUAACAGAUUUAGUUCUAUUCUUGGCAAGAUCAUGGCAGACGAUAAAGACAAUGAAGCGGAAAAUGUCACAAAUCUCUGCCGCUAAAAG